UGCAACUGUGUACCCCAAGUGUGAAAGGAAAGGGGGCUUUUUCUGCGCAGGUUUCCCCCAGACACGUGGACGACGUCUCAUACACCGCACUCGCCUCCAUCACCGGAGCAAUCCUGACCAUGUGAACACGGCCUUACAGUCACAGCUCAUGCGGAGCCCCUGCAGAAUAUACGGCCGCGGUCACACGGUGCGGUCACAGCGCGCUCCCUCUGAUGGAAGGUUCUUCUAUUUAUUUCACAGGUAACGGUUUUUAAAUUAUCCCACAAAAUCUAUGUAUUAUUUUUUCCUGGUGGGGUCAUGACCUCUAAUAAGUGUCAGGUAAAACUCUGCGACUUUUCAGGACACUUCCGGCUAUUUCCCCACAUCUGUCAUAUACCCGGCGCCUCUACUUUUCCGUUUUCCUGUCAGACCUGUCCCCGCCGCUGCGUCCUCCCCUCACACACAGCAGACGGGACGAGAACAACCGAGAACCUUCUCAUCGCCGAUAAUCGCCGCUCCCGGUCACACAGUCUCCGGGCAUCUUCCAGACUCUUCGGGAGCUGUCUCGCACGCCCCGCCCCUUCCUCGCGCUGAUUGGCUCAGAAGUUCUCUGACUGACAGCGCAGCCUGGAACUAUCGCGAAAAUUCUCUCUGCUCCAUGACGUCACGGACAGCCGCCGCCGCUGAUUGGUCGAGCUUCAGACUGACUAGAAAGCUCCCGAAUAUUCUCCAUCGGGCUGUGUGUCAUGCGGCUCUGUGAUUGGCUGCUUCUGCGGGGACCGUUCGGGAAACUUCGGGAUAGUUGCUAAGUGAUGUAGGGGAGCGUGGUGAGGAGCGCUGUGAUUGGUUAGAAGGCUGUGACGUGUCUCCACUGUACACAUAUAUAUAGGCGCCGUGCAGCGUGGAGCAGCAGUUACUGAUAACUCUCCUCACAAGACACGAGCUGCAAAGCGCAACUUCAGGAGAAGCUCUUCACCAAGAAGCUACUCUGCCACCUGCACUCAUCUCUCUGAUACGUCCAGCAGCACUCUCCUCCUGACAGAAGAUGGCACCUAAAGGAACCGCCAUUGGCAUUGACCUGGGCACCACCUACUCCUGUGUGGGGGUCUUCCAGCAUGGCAAGGUGGAGAUCAUCGCCAACGACCAGGGCAACCGCACCACCCCCAGCUACGUGGCCUUCACCGACACCGAGAGACUCAUCGGAGACGCUGCCAAGAACCAGGUGGCUCUCAACCCCCAGAACACAGUCUUUGAUGCCAAGAGGCUGAUUGGCAGAAGGUUUGAUGAGCCGGUGGUGCAGUCUGACAUGAAGCACUGGCCCUUCCAGUUGGUGAGUGAUGGAGGAAAGCCCAAGGUCCAAGUGGAGUAUAAAGGAGAGGACAAGACCUUCUUCCCUGAGGAGAUCUCCUCUAUGGUGCUGCUAAAGAUGAAGGAGACGGCAGAGGCUUUCCUGGGUCAUCCAGUCACCAAUGCGGUAAUCACCGUGCCAGCCUACUUCAAUGACUCCCAGCGGCAGGCCACCAAAGACGCCGGUGUCAUCGCCGGACUCAACAUGCUGAGAAUCAUCAAUGAGCCUACAGCAGCUGCCAUCGCUUACGGCCUGGACAAGGGAGCCCGUGGAGAACGCAACGUCCUCAUCUUUGACCUGGGAGGUGGCACCUUCGACGUCUCCAUCCUUACCAUUGAUGACGGCAUCUUUGAGGUAAAGGCCACAGCGGGUGACACUCAUUUGGGAGGAGAGGACUUUGAUAACAGAAUGGUCAACCACUUUGUGGAAGAAUUCAAACGCAAACAUAAAAAGGACAUUACCCAAAACAAGAGGGCCUUGAGGAGACUGAGGACAGCCUGCGAGAGAGCCAAGCGCACCCUGUCCUCCAGCACCCAGGCAAGCAUCGAGAUUGACUCCCUGUACGAGGGCAUUGACUUCUACACUUCCAUCACUAGAGCCCGCUUUGAGGAGUUGUGUUCUGACCUCUUCCGUGGUACCCUGGAGCCUGUUGAGAAAGCCCUGCGAGAUGCCAAGAUGGACAAGUUACAGAUCCAUGAAAUUGUCCUAGUGGGAGGCUCCACACGUAUCCCCAAGGUGCAGAAGCUGCUGCAGGACUUCUUCAAUGGCCGAGAGCUGAACAAGAGCAUCAACCCAGAUGAAGCUGUGGCCUAUGGGGCUGCUGUCCAGGCUGCCAUCCUCAUGGGAGACAAGUCAGAGAAUGUGCAGGACCUCCUUCUACUGGAUGUGGCUCCUCUUUCUUUGGGCCUGGAGACAGCUGGAGGGGUUAUGACCGUCCUCAUCAAACGCAACACAACCAUCCCCACCAAGCAAACCCAGGUCUUCACCACCUACUCUGACAGCCAACCAGGUGUCCUCAUUCAGGUGUAUGAGGGUGAGAGAGCCAUGACCAAGGACAACAACCUGCUGGGUAAAUUUGAGCUGAGUGGAAUUCCCCCUGCUCCUCGGGGUGUACCCCAGAUCGAGGUGACCUUUGAUAUAGAUGCCAACGGUAUCCUCAAUGUAUCUGCUGUGGACAAGAGCUCAGGCAAACAGAACAAGAUCACCAUUACAAACGACAAAGGCCGACUGAGCAAAGAGGAGAUAGAGAAGAUGGUGCAAGAUGCUGAGAAAUACAAAGCGGAUGAUGAUGACCAGAGAGAGAAAAUUACUGCCAAAAACUCCCUGGAGUCCUAUGCCUUCAACAUAAAGAGCAUGGUGGAAGAUGAGAACAUGAAGGGGAAGAUCAGUGAUGAAGAUAAGAGGGUCAUCUCGGACAAGUGUAAGGAGAUCAUUGCUUGGCUGGAGAACAACCAACUUGCAGAGAAAGAUGAGUAUACCCAUAAGCAGAAAGAGCUGGAGAAGGUGUACCAACCAAUCAUCACCAAGAUGUACCAGGGAGGUAUGCCAGGAGGUAUGCCCGGCUCCAGCUGUGGUGCACAGGCCCGACAGGGCAGCAGCUCUGGGCCCACCAUUGAGGAGGUGGAUUAAGAACUUUUAUAAGGGUCCAGCUAUGAACAGAACGGACACAGACUUGCUGCUGAGCUGUUGCCCUUAUUGACUGACUUUUGGUAGCAGCUCUGGGCCCACCACUGAGGAGGUGGAUUAAAAAGUAUGAACUUUGACUUUUUUAUGCUCAAGUCUGAUAAAUGGACUUUUUGGUUCUGUUUUAUUUUUUUAUAAGCUUAGGACC